CCAUGUCAUGCUGGGGUGAAGGGACUUGUCCAACACCGAUAACCCAAUGCUCAACUGGGAAUACGUUUACUGGCUAGUGGCUGCCGUGGUGAAGAGGGGCUUUUUAUUUCGAUGGCGAGAGAUUUUGUUAUUAUUAUCCCGAGCGGACGCCUUUUGCUAAUUAGUCCCUUUUUCCAUUGUCCUUAGGUGUGAUUAAGGCUGUUUGCCGAGUUGUUUUAUUGUACCAACUCCGGUCAAGGUCGACCUCUACGUUUCUUCUAUUUGUCAUAUUUGUCAGAGGGUUUGGAAAUUAUUGCGGUUAACUGGAUUAGAUGGAUUAUUGCGUGCUGACAACUGCUUUUGUAAUGAACGUCGGUCGUGUCGCUUUGGCUACUUGGAUAAUUCGAGAAAUGGCAUAUCACGAGUCGUCGUAACGAUGAAUAUUUCUCUUUACGGAAUCACUGGAGCAAUUUUUAUUUUGCUCUUUGCCAUUUUUAGUUUUACUAUAUUCCUAAGACUUCUGUCAUGCAUAGCCGUUUUGACAUUAGGAAUUGUGACUUGCGUGUAUAGAAAAAAUAUUGUAAAACUUGAGGAUGAAGUUUCGUCUCAGAGGGAAAAUCUGUUUAAAAAAACAGAAAAAUUACAGCAGUACCUUUUGGAAGAGUCGAAGAAAAAGGUGACGUUUACAUUAGACAAAAGAGUCACUGGCAGCCAUAUUAUUGAUGAAUCAUUACAAGAAAUACUAGACUUUGUCUUACGAGAUUACGUUGAACCCUGGUAUGGUGCCCUAACCGACGAUGAAGAAUUUACCAAAUCUGUCAGGGAUACUGCGCAAAAAAUUGCUAUUAAUAUAGCAAACAGGGUGAAAGAUGUCGAUUGGAUUCCAUAUUUGACAACAAGACUCGUCGACGAUGCUGCUUCACAUAUGAGACUCUAUAGACAGGCUAGAGCGAAGGUGAAGCAUCUGAAAUGCUUGCAAACUCCAAAAGGUGGUAGUAGCUCGAGCACUUCGGGCGGAACGCCAAAGAAAACUCCAACCCAUCGCAGAAACAAAAGCGAAACAGAUGUAUUUUGGUAUUCGCAAUCAAAGUUUUACAUUCCAAAUCUAUCAGCUUUAAAUGAGCCGAUCGAAGCUAAAAAUGAACAUGAAAUUGAAUCCUUGGAAAAAGUAUUCUUCGAUCUUGAAGUGCAGAUGGAAAAUAAUCUUAUUUGUCGAGAUUUAGUUUGCACCGAUAAAGCUCAGGAGUUAGCUUUUCUUGGAGAGAUAUCGGAGAUCAUACUUUAUCUCCUACUGCCAAAAUCUGAUUUUGAUUGUCUCACUAUGCGAUUUAUUUUGAGAGAACUUUUGGUCAAUGUUAUCAUCACACCAUUGCUCAAUCUUUUCUCAGAUCCUGAUUAUAUUAAUCAGGCUUUUAUAUGGCUGUGCACCAAGGAUGCCACUUUACCAAGCGAUGUAUUUUUAACUGUCAUGAGGAUGACAGACAGUUUAGAGGAAUUAAUAGCGACGAAACAUAUAGUUUGCAAAGAAAUAGCUCAUCUGCGCUCGAAAGAUUCCGGCGGUGAGGAUGAUCUGACCGUAAAGCAGCAACUAAACAGUCUUCUGUAUGUUAAAAAGCUUUUGGAAAGUCGUAUAAUUGGAAUGAAGGAAGGCUUGGAUGCAACGGAAGGUGAUGGAAUUGGUCCUAUUCCUGAUUGGAACCGAUUGCUCGUGCCAGGACAUAAAUUAAUAAACUUGCCGCUGGAUGAGCUGCUGAAAAAUAAUAUAGCAUUGAGCUAUUUUAUUGAUUACAUGACUAAUGUAAAUGCUGAAGCCUACCUUUAUUUUUAUCUAAAUAUUUAUGGUUGGCGAGUCUCGGCAGAACAACAGCUUUCGGAUAUUGAAUUACUAAAAAUACGUAGUGUGCAGUGUAACCUGACCAGUCUAUUGAAAAAAAAGAACAUUGAUUUGGAGAAUUUGAAGGAAGCUGCAGCGAAGAUAUACCAGCAAUAUCUCAGCGAUAAAGCGUCGUCAAAACUUCAGUUAGACGAUGCUCUUGUAAAAAGUUUGCUAACUAAGAUAAAAAACGGGCAAGUUAAAAACACGUGGUUCGAUGAGCUAGAAUCUUGUUGCUACGAGAAACUUCAAAACGAAGAUAGGUUUUUACCAGCGUUCAAAAGGUCAGUUUCCUAUCUGAAAUUACUGGCAGAAUUGGAUUUACUUAAAGAUCCAGCAUCGGAGGAUGACUCUAAGUCAUUAGACAGUAUUAGCUUGUCAAGUAUCAACAAUGAGUUGGAUACUCUUGAAGAGCAUAUUGAAAUACAGAAAGAUGGUGAAAAGGUUAAAAAUGAAGUAACAUCCAUCAGCAGAGAAUCCAAAAGCAAAUCAAGUUCCUGCGAUGAGUUAUUAGAAGGGAGCACGUCCACCGAUUGUCGCGAUGAAAGACUUCUUCGUCAGCCCGUGGACAGCUGUCGCAUCAGCGAGGGUAAGGACAUGAAUUUUUACAUGGAAGCCAAUACGGAACAGUUUCUCAAAUUCGACAAUACCGCCUACGAUCAGAACGUGAUAAAGAAGCUGCAACAAGGUCGCUUCGAACUAACCGUUGAGAUAAUCGAAACCGGCAUUGUGAAUGAUAAGGGCAAGACAUACGGUAUUUAUGCCGUCGCCGUGUCUAAGAUCUAUGACUCGGGCUAUCAAGAAAAGUGGCAUAUUUACAGAAGAUAUUCGGACUUUCACGAUCUCUAUCAGAAGAUCAAGGAGAAGUACUACGAUCUAGCCAAGAUACCAUUCCCCGCGAAGAAAGCCUUUCACAAUAUGGACAGAAUUGUAUUGGAGAGAAGGAUGGUGAUGCUAAACGCGUGGCUAGUGCAGCUGACGAAACCCGCCGUUGUCGAUGGUCAUAUGGGAUUGCAGAAUCUAUUGCUUUCAUUUUUGGAACAAGGGGAUUAUGAUAAGGGUGUCACCGGCGGACAUAUCUCGCGAACCAUCGAUACAUUGGUAAAUCCAUUAAAGACUUCUAUGAAAUCAGUGACUCAGGCUGUAAAGACGAUGCCUGACAAUAUGCUGAAUACAGUCGAUGGUGUUAUGGACAAUAUCAGUAAAUUCUUUGGAAAUCACAAGAAAAAUAGUGUUCUUUAUGAAAGUGUUAAGGUUGGAGCAAGUCUCGAUACAGAGACCGACGAUAACAUUCCUUUACGAAUUAUUCUCCUUCUGAUGGACGAAAUCUUUGACUUGAAAAAUCGCAAUCAAUGGCUGCGACGUAGAAUAGUUACGCUACUCCGGCAAAUUAUCCGUACUAUGUUUGGUGAUAUAGUUAAUCGAAGAAUAGUUGAGUACGUCUCUUUACUCACUAGUCCAAAGAACGUAGCUACGUAUUUAAAAAUAUUCAAACACAGUUUUUGGCCGAAUGGCGUGCGCGCCGACUCGAAGCCUCCACGCGACCAGGAGACGAAGAGCAGAACCCGCGUGGCUGCCAAGGUCGCCCUCCUCUCCUGCCUAUCGGACGAGCUGAAGCACAUAAUCGGUAGCGAGACGACGCGACGCGGACUACUCCGGGUCUUCGAGCUCUUCCAACGGCCGAUGCUCAAUCGUCGACUACUCUACGUACUGCUGGAGGGGAUUGUCGAGAACCUAUUCCCCCACACGGACCUCGUCACGAUCUUUCGAAAGAUGUACUCCGUGUCGCCUAGGGUUAGGAGCAAGUGCAGGGCCAAAUCCUGAUACUUGGACUCGAGUGGAGCGCGUUAAAUGAGGUGGAUUGGUCUGGAUUGGAAUGGAAGAUGACACUUUCAUUUCUCUCAUACUCAUUGACCAUUCGUAGACAUGGGGCUCCGUUUAUGUCCAUUAUUAUUAUUAUUUUCACUAUUAUAAA